AUGGGUUCGAGCACUGCCUCACUCCGGAAGUUCGAGAAAUCUGUCCUUUCGUUUCUUCUGUUGCUGUCAGCGUUCGCCAUGAUGGCAUGUGCACCAGCAGAGGCAGCACGGGUGUUGAAGGCGAAUUUGGUCAACCCGAAUGGACCAACUUCCGCACAUAAUGCGCUUGGAUCCUUCCCUUCCUCAGCAUCUGGGCAAUCUUUUCCUGUCACAGCAGCUGAGCAUUCCGCUCCUAUCCAAACAGACGUGGGAUCUGAGCCGUCAACAGGCUCCGCCAUAGCGGCUACUGUGGCAUCUGAGCCGUCCACUGACCCCGUCUCUGUGCCUGCUAUAGCCGUGAAUGGCGGUGAUGGGGAGACAGACGACGAGCCUGAUGGUGCUGAUUUCAACUCUCCUGACGCCAACUCUCCUGACGCUAACUCUCCUGCUCCUGUUCCAACUGCCUGGUUGAGCCCGGCACAGAUCACAGAUGAUCUUCAGGUUCCGAAUGACCAUGGACCUUUCCUUUUGGAGACCAAUCCCAUGCCAGCUGUGGGAUCAGACGAGGCGGCUCCAGCAGGCAAUGGGCAUGGAAACGUGCCAGAGAUUCAUGUAGCUUUGCCAGAAGAAGCAGCACCUGCUGCGGCUCCAGCAGGCUCGCAAGUUGUUGUGCCCGUGCCUGAUGCUGCUGAUUCCAGUGCUUCUGCUGCUGUUCCAAGUGCCUGGUUGAGGUCAGCACCAGUUCCAGAUCGUCAGGUGCCGAAUGACCAUGGUCCCUACCUCCUCGGGACUGAUCCCGUCGUUCCAGCUGUGGGUUUGGAGGAGGUGGCUCUAGCAGGCAAUGAGCAUGCACUGCUGCCCGCCGUUCUUGUCCCCCAGCCGCAGGAAGAAGCACCUGGGGAUGCUCCAGCAGCAGGAUCCCAGGGAGUCCCGUCCACGCUUGAUGGUGCUGAGUCCAUCGAUCCUGUUCCGGUUCCAAAUGACCAUGGUCCCUAUCUUCUUGGAGUUGAUCCUGCCGUUCCAUCUGUGGGUUCAGAGGAGGAGGCUCCAGUGAACGAUGGGCAUGCACCCUUGCCAACUGUUCUUGUCCCUCAGCCGGAGGAAGAUGCACCUGAGGAGGCUCCCACAGCGGCAUCUCAGGAUGUUACUCCCAUGCCCGAUGGUGCUGAUUCCAGUGCUCCUGGGCCUAUUCCAAGUGCAUGGUUGAGGCCGGCACACAUGCCAACUGAUUAUCCGGUGCCAAAUGACCAUGGCCCCUACCUUUUGGGGACUGAUCCUAUCGUUCCAGCUGUGGGCUCGGAGGAAUCGCUGUUGCCAGUCAUUCUUGUCCCUCAGCCGGAGGAAGCAGCACCUGGAGAGACUGCAGCAGGCUCUCAGGUUGUUGCACCUGAGAACUAG